UGACAUUGAAAAGUAUGGCACAAACACGUGAUUUCCAUGCAAUCAAAUGUUACAAAUUGUGGUCCACUUUAUAAAUGCGUUAAUUGUUUAUAACAAGUAGUGUUGACACCAAAGGAUGGCCAGCAGUCGACGGCCCGAACACUCGGCUCCGCCCGAAAUCUUUUACAGCGAAACCGAAGCCAUUAAAUACACGACAAAUUCCCGAAUGAUCGCAAUUCAGGCGCAGAUGAGUGAACGAGCGAUUGAAUUGAUGGCACUUCCAGAAGACGAACCCAAACUUAUACUCGACUUAGGGUGUGGAUCAGGUCUUAGUGGGCAAGUGUUGGAAGAUAUGGGCCACACGUGGAUCGGUUUGGACAUCAGUCGAGCGAUGCUUAACGUGUGCCGAAGCCGUGAACCCGAAUCGGGAGAUAUAUUGUUGUCU